UCGGCCACAACAAAGACAGCCGCAAGAAAGGGCGGGAAAUGAAGGACCUUGGUCCGUGUUUGGGCUGCCUGCCCGCGCCCCGAUGCCGAUCCCCCCGCCCGGCGCCGUUUUCCGCGGCAUUGCCAGGCGUGUGGACACGGGCCGUGCGCCCAGCGGCACCGCGGGCACGCCGGAGCCCGGCGGGCGCCGGCAGGCAGCUGCGGCACGCCUCUCUCUGCCGGGCUCCGCCUCAGGAACGACCCUUUCCCAGGCGUCCCGUCUCCUCUCUGCUCCCUCCCGGCCCCCCUCCCGCCCGGGGAAACGGAGGAAAACACAAAUAACAUCGAGGAAGAAAGAACAGCCUGCAGAGCUGCCCGAGCCAUCGCCCUGCCCGCAGCCGGGAGCAGCCAGCAGGAGGAGGCAGCUGCUUUCUCAGCCAGAAAAAGAUUCAGCUGUGGGGAAGCUGCAGAGAAGGCUGCCUGGCACAGCCCCCCAGAAUGGGCCUCCCCCGACUGGGCUCCCGCAGAGGAUGGGGCAGUUGCAGCCCCCUGUCAUUCCUGUGAGAUUUGAGACAGAGGAGAUGCUGCUGCACCAUGUCCCCAGGAGAGCCCCUGCCUCCUUCUGCUCUCAGGGAUGGGACUGGGAGACGCCUCCACGCCGAGAGUGGCACUUGGCAUGGCUUCAGUCCCCAGUGGAAGAGGCUGGGCUCCCCGCUGCCCAGAGCUCCUGGUUAGGGACACCCACGCCUGCGCCUGGCUCAGAGUCCAGGGUGCACUCAGUCCGGAUCCAGCCUCGAGAUGUUCCUGCUGCAGCUGCAGGUGUUUCCCAGUCCAGCUUGCUGAACCUCCAGCUCUGACUGUGGCACGUUCUUCCUUCCAGCUCUGGCUCUGAGAUGCUGCACUUGAUGGCUGCUCCAGUUCCUUCCAGCUCUGGGUAAAUAACUGGUAUCUCUUGUGUAAUCUGUGUCUGUGUUCUGUCCUUUGUGUCCAUCUGUGUUACCUUUGUCACAUCUCGAUGCUUUAUCAGCAUCCUUCCAAGCCAUGGUAGCCAGACUCUACUCGCGACAGGUCCCAACAGGGUUCGCGCUGCUGCUCGCUGAGUUUGGGGAAAAUGGGGGGAUCUUGGGGUGUU